GCCCAACUACAUGGCCCAAAUCUCAAAAGAAAUGAAUCCAAUAAAACCCCAAGAAUCGCAAUCGUUACACACAAACCCUAACCCUGUCACUGAUUUCACCUCAACGCAGAGAGAGUUUGUGUAGCUGCUGCACCGCUCAGUUUCUCUGCAAAUAUGGUGAGGGUUAGUGUGUUGAAUGAUGCUCUCAAGAGCAUGUACAAUGCUGAGAAACGUGGGAAGCGUCAAGUUAUGAUUAGGCCGUCUUCAAAAGUGAUUAUAAAGUUCCUUAUGGUCAUGCAAAAGCAUGGUUAUAUUGGGGAGUUUGAGUACGUUGAUGACCACCGGUCUGGCAAAAUUGUUGUGGAAUUGAAUGGAAGAUUGAACAAGUGCGGUGUUAUUAGUCCUCGCUUUGAUGUUGGUGUUAAGGAGAUUGAGGGAUGGACUGCUAGGCUGCUUCCUUCAAGACAGUUUGGAUAUAUUGUCUUGACUACCUCUGCUGGUAUCAUGGAUCAUGAAGAGGCAAGAAGAAAGAAUGCUGGUGGUAAAGUGUUGGGUUUUUUCUACUAAGGAUGAGGAUUGCACUCAAUUUCGGUUUCUGAGAAGUUCAUAAGUUGCUAUGAAAGAGUACUAGGUUUUUUUUUGUCUGUUAGGGAUGAAAUUCAGCUGUUUCUUUUUUGCAUGGUUAUUGUAAUUUGGCUUACUUAGGACUGUAAGCUUUUAAUUUCUACUUUUUUGUUAUGUUAAAUUGAAUUUUGUCUAA